AUGGUGGAUGAUUCAAAUUAUAUCACUCCUCAUGAAGCUGCGUUAGCUGUUGUGGCCACAUGCAUGAAAAAGGCAAGACUACAAUUAGAUACUUUAAUAAUAAAUUCAAUCUUAGGUGGGUUACUAUUUAGUUCUGGUUCUGUACUUUAUGUGGCGGCACAUUCUGAAAAUUUGGAUAUAUUAGAUAAAAAUCCAGGUUUAUUAAACUUCUUAGGUGGGUUGACUUAUUCCGUUGGUUUAUUUUAUGUGGUUAUGCUAGGUGCAGAAUUAUAUAAUUCAAAUAUCCUCUUCUUUUCUGUCGGUGUCCUAAGAGGAGCCGCAUCAAUAUACGAUUUAUUAAUCUCAUGGUUUAUCAGUUGGUUAGGUAACAUUGCAGGCUCUUUAUUCGUAUCAUAUUUAUUCAUCCAUGUCUCAGGGAUAAGCGAGCAUGAAGAUUGGUCAUACGGUGCACAAUACGUAACAGAAGAUAAAGCAGCAUACUCCUUCAUGCAAACGUUUUUAAAGAGUAUAGCAGGGAAUUUCUUCGUGUGUUUAGCAAUAUAUUUACAAUUAAUGGCAAAACCAAUCCAUGUGAAAUUCUUAAUGAUCCUUUUACCUGUAUUCACCUUUGUUUCUUCAAGUUAUACUCACGUUGUAGCUGACAUGACCACCUUUUUCAUCGGAAUGCUAUGUGGUGCAAACGUCUCCGUUGGCAGAUACAUAUGGAGAGUAUUAAUUCCUGCAUCCCUAGGGACAAUGGUGGGCGGAUCUGCAUUUGGCUUAGUCGUGCCAUUCUAUCUACAUUUGAUCGUAGUGGAAAGGGACAGAGCAAAAUUGUCAUUACCAGAGUACGAAGCUAGAGAUGAACAACCUGAAUUGAAUAUGGACUCCAGAGUCGUACGGAUGCCAGUAAGACCCCAUGAUGCAACAAUUGUUACCGAUAGUGGCAGUGAUUCAGAUGAGCUGGAUGUCAUGGAUGAAAAGGAAAGCUUUCUGGGUCGUCGCAAUAGCCAUACUCAUACACACUCGAAGUAUGACGACCACACUCAACAACAACAGUAUCCUGGUCGGUUACCAUUAUCGGCAUCCCCAUCGGCAUCGGCGUCGGCAUCAAUGUCCAUCUUGGGCUCCGAUGCAAGUAGUACGACCACCACCAACACAAGCGACAUGUCGUUACGUACCACCAACAGCGACACAGUUAGUGUGGCUCCAAGGACGUAUGCACCCUCAGGGGUCUCUGGAACGAGUUCCAGAUGGAAUGCUGCCACGCUAGAGAGAGUGAACACUCUGAAAAGUAUAACGAGUCAACAGAGUCGGACUAGCAACAAGAACAAUGCCGUCCGGUCUCCUCCCGGGGUGUUCCCUGUCGCCGGGAUGGCUCCUCCCUUGGCAAAGGAGAGAACCAUCGAGAAUUCCAAUUAUCCGUUGGACUUGUUGCAACAGAUCAAGACCCAUUCCGUGGCGGACAAUGGGUUCAACAUGCAUGAAGACGAUUCCGAGUUGUUGAGACGUGUGAAGACGGCGGAAGUCGAGGAAGAGAACGCAUAUUUGGACAACAGGGACAACAAGUAUAGUGUUCCUAAGGAGAAGCUGGGUUCCAGAUUAGAGAAAGUCGUGACGAGAAUACGUACAGGGGUACGUAAAGUCGAUGGGGAUGAUGACGAUGACGAUGGGGAUGUGGGAACGUUGCCACGGACUGUACAGGAUACGUUCCCUCAUAAUAACGUGAGUCAACCAGACUUCUAUGGCCAGUCGAAUGAUAGUAGUAACAGCCAUAAUAAUAUUGGCAUUGCAAGGAAACAAAGUCGUGGUAGGCAAAGAAAGAGAAGAAGUCGCCCUUCGACUUCGUCGAUAGUAACACCAAUGGCGGACUCCAGACGGAGUGCAACUACUACCCAUAAUCUAUUCGGCACGUUAUCUUCGCAGAUGACUAGAAGUGGGGCCAAUGAAAGAAAUGUUAAUGAUUGGUAUAAGAAGAUGUCCCAAGCGGGUAUAACCACCCGUGCUGCAUUAGGUGCCCAAAACGUUGCGGGGGGCCCAUAUUUAAAUUCGAAUGAUAUUUCCAUGUUAAGGAAAUAUAAUAUCGAAAAGGAGGAUAGUAAGAAGAAGGACGAUGAUAGUAACAACAAAGAAGACAGUGAUAAUGAUACUUUGCAUUAA